CUUUGAUCUCAUUGCCCGUAAAAAAAUGAUGAACGGAGAUCCGAGAAGAUUAACAGAAUGCUUACAGGUAGAUCUAUUCAUUUUAUAGGUGCAUGAAAAAGAAAUUUAAAAGAAAGCAAGACAUUCUAAUAAAAGUAAAACAAUAGCUAUUAACCAAAUUGAAAGAAUAUGACGGACAAAAUCAUCAAGGCAAUGAAAAUUAGAAUUCUAACAUGGAGGCCAAAGACUCAAUAUGAAUCGUUAUUGGCUAUCAUUUGGGCUAAUGAAAUAUUCGGUUUGCGUGUGUUUGAAUUUGGAGAACGUCUACGAUACAGCUGGAGCAUAAUAUAUAUUAGUACAUGCACCGUUUUAUAUUAUAUCCUACAUAACUCGACGUUAGAGACUCAUUUGGAUUGGCCCGCGUACCAAGAGAUCACUUAUAAAUUUGUUUUAUAUGUCAACAUCGCAAUUAUUUCGAUUUACAUCGUGCUUGGAUUUGUCAAUACAGGACAUUCGAAGAAAAUUAUUGCAAGAUACGAACAAAUAGACAAUAUUUUACAAUCCUUUGGCAUCGAAAAAAAUUAUCUAAAAACGUCGAUCUAUGUUGUACGAGCAACAAGUACAUGGGGCAUACUGAUGAUAAUUCUUUUCAUACUUUUUUGGAUUUGGUGCAUGGGUGAUACUGAUAUUACAGAAGCAUUCUAUUUAGAUCUUCUAAUAUGUCUACCAAUUACGAUCAGUUGUUUGAUGAGCGUCACUUUCAACGUAUUUGUAAGAAUUUUACAAGACAAAUUGCACAAGAUGAAUAUAGCAAUAAGUGAGCUACAUCAAUCAUCAAAUGUGAAUAGCAUUGAUAUGGGAUACAAGAUGCAGCAAACGGCACAUAAACUUGUACUUGUAAGGAAUUAUUAUAAUAAAAAUAAUUUUCUUCGUCGUUUUGUUGAAAUUGCAAGGCAAAUGCAUUUUGAAAUUGUAAGUGCUUCGCGCGAACUUAAUCAAAUGUACAGUUAUCAACUUUUAUUAGACUUGGCAAUGGAAUUUACAGCGGUAAUAUGUAUACUGUAUAAUUUAUAUUUCGACGUAACAUCAUCGACUCUGGCAGAAAUUUUACACCAUGAAAUAGUUAUAACAGUAGCAUGUCUUAUACUUUGUAGUAAAGUUAUUAUCAUAAAUCAUCAGUGCACUUGUUUCAAUUACGAGUUUUUUGGUACUUUAAGUACUUACUUGGCUAUAUUAGUUCAAAUGAGUUCUACACCUACGCAGUCUUGAAGUCACAGUUUAAGUAAUUAAUAUAUUUACAACGUUAUUUAGUAUCGUCACAUUCGUAGAUCGUGAUUAUUUAUUAUAGUUUACGACACGCUAUUGUAAUUUAUAAGUAAGCAAAUGAAUAACUGAAAAAAAGAUAUGUAUGGAUAUCUUAAAUAAAAUAACUUUUACCUAC